AUGGCGCCUAAGCGAAAGGCUGCCGGAGAGGCUUCUGGUGCAAAAGCGCCUGCUGCUAAAAAACAGGCAAAGAAGGAUGACGGCCCUGCAUCGGAUGCUGCGCCUGGCAGAGGCAUUGUCAUCGAGGCAUGCAAGAGCUGAGGCGCAUUCAAAACACGGGCCACUAAGUUAGAGAAGCUAAUUAAGGAGGCGAUUCCGGACGCCCAAGUCAGCAUCAAUCCAGACAAGCCACGCAAGGGCUGUUUUGAAGUGCGGGGUCCUGACGGCAAAGUCUUCUUGUCGUUGCUGGACAUGCCCCGUCCCUUCACAAAGCUCAAAGCUCUGGAUGUCGAAGCGCUCGCCAAGGAAGUGUCGGACAGCCUCAAAAAGGAGUAGGCUGGGCUGGGCUAGGUUCACCUAGCGGGGCCAGGCGGGGAGAGCGUUGUAGCGGACAGUGACAGUAUUACGAAGUAUGCAUGUCAGUGGCAGCGGCGGCUGCGCCAGAGGGGCAGAGGCAGUCGGAGACUUGACCACGUGUUGACCUUGCAACGCCCUGCAAAGUAUUCUCCCCUUCCUGGUUUGGUUCAUUUUGAAACGUUGGAUGGCACCCGAGCCUGUAAUGGCCAGGUAGGCGCACACCCACAUGACGCGAGCUCUGGUGAAGCCGGUGACGCCGGGGCCAGGCCUGCUGAACUUGAAUUAAGGGAGGUCGAGGUGGAUACCAACACCACUUCGGGCGGUUGUCGUUGGGGGCUGAGGGCCCGUGCAGCGUUCCCAACGAUGAAAGGCCGUCCGAGAAAUCCCGGUCGGUGCGCGAUUCCGGUGUCAUCCAUUUGUCCAAGAUGGAAGAGACCCAAGAGGGGUGAUUCUCGUGUGAAAUAUUUAUUUUCGUACCUAACGCUGUUAUUAACUGCGGUCAGGGAGAUGGUUUUGCACUGAAGAGUGAUAUUGUAUCCUGGAAAGUGAGAUUGUAAUUCAGCAAGGUCUU